CCAGUGGAUCUGUAGGAACAAUGGAAAGGAACUCCAGGGCUUCAUCCCAUUCCUCAAAAACAUCACAAAUAAGGCAACAUGAUUUUUCUACUGCAGAAAAGAUUAUAAAAGCGAAAGGUAUGAAAAGCAAGACCUUCAGCAUGAAUGAGGGCAAAACAACGCAAAUGAGAAACACAGUGACAAAGGAUUCAAAGAGGAAAAAAGAGAGAAAUGAGAAAGCCCUGUCAGAAAGCUCCUUCAGUGCUGAUGGUAAGGUGACAAGCUGCACUGUGGUGGACGUGGACAAUGUAGUAAGCUCAGAUGAGAGUGAGGAGCAGAUUGCCCUGAUUGAAACUGAAGCACUAGAGGAAGGUAUCAAGCACCGAAGGCCAGGCAUCUGCGAGUGUAUUCUCACAUUCCUUACCUUGUUGCUGAUUCUUGUCUCAUUCCCAGUCUCUGUCUGGUUCUGUGUUAAGAUAGUCCAAGAAUAUGAGCGUGCAGUGAUAUUCAGAUUGGGACGAUUACUACCAGGAAGACCCAGGGGACCAGGCCUCUUUUUCUUCAUGCCCUGUCUGGACACAUACCAUACUGUGGAUCUACGAAUCAAAACCCUGGAGAUCCCGUUUCAUGAAGUCAUAUCCAGUGACAUGGUGACUGCUCAAGUGAAUGCUAUCUGCUAUUAUCGGGUAGAAAAUGCCUCCCUCUCUUUAACAACAGUCAGUAACACAUCUGUCUCAGUAUCGCUGCUGGUGCAAACUAUUAUGAAACGGAACUUAGCUAGUCGGAAAUUCAAUGAAAUUCUCCUGGAGAGGAAACCUAUUGGUGAUGAAAUCAAGACAGCACUGGAUGCGGCAACCUGCAACUGGGGAAUCAAGGUGGAACAGGCUGAAAUAAAAGACAUCCGCCUACCAGCAGAAGUUCAGUAUUCACUAGCAGUGGAAGCGGAAGCACACAGACAAGCCAAAGCUAAGGUGAUUGCAGCAGAAGCUGAGAAGGAAGCCUCGGAAGCCUUGAAAAUUGCAGCAAAUAUUCUAUCGGAAUCCUCUGCUGCUAUCCAGCUGCGCUACCUUCAGACACUGCACACACUGUCUGCUGAGAAAACUUCUCCCAUCAUCCUGCCUGUGCCCUUUGAACUCCUUAAUGCCAUGACAACUGUUACCCAGAAAUCUUUAGUGGCCACUGCUGCAGCUGCUGCACAAGAAUUGGAACAACCUCAACAACAGGAAAACAAGACUGACUCUCCAAUGUUAUAGUCCUGGAAAGUUGACAAAAAUUGUAUACUAUUUCCUUCUGCUCGAUGUGUAGGUCACCAUACAGAAGUGCACAGGCAGCCACCAAUAUGUGGAAGAAUAACCUGCAAAUAAAUCGAGUCAUAACAAUG